AUGGCGCCUCCUAUUCUGCCUUUUAGGGAUAUUAAUCUCCAUGCGUCACCUUCGCACUAUGCCUUCACUUCCCCCUCGUCGCCCCAGGCACCCACUCUUGUUGUUGACAGACCAACUGGUGACUUGCGCUUGAACGAUGGCCCUCUUUCAGGAGCCAAGCGCAUUUCCAGUAUUGCCGGAAUCUUGGGAAUUCUCAAGCUGAAGCUUGACAAAUACAUCAUUGUCAUCACCAAAGCGCAGCCCAUGGGCCGAUUGCGCGGCCACAUGGUCUACAAGGUCGCAGGAACAGAAUUUCUUCCUAUGCGAGAACGACCACUGCACGACACUGACGAAGAUGCCUACCUCACACUGGUCAAGGACCUCCUGCGAACUGGACCUAUGUACUUCUCAUACUCGCUCGAUCUCACAAACAACUUCCAGCGACAAUCGCAGACCCCGCCCAACAUUCCCAUGUGGAAGAGCGCAGAUGACCGCUUCUUCUGGAACCGUUUUAUUCAAACCGACCUUAUUGAUUUCAGCCUAGGCGAGAACGACAAGAGCGGAAUUCGUUAUGGUCCUCAACCAGGGGCUGACCCAUACAUCUUGCCGGUGAUGUUUGGUAUGAUGCGCAUUACCCCCGCCAAAGUCAAGGGGACAUCUUUCACCUUUGCCCUUAUCACCCGACGAUCCAGACAUCGAGCCGGAACUAGAUACUUCUCCCGUGGAAUCGACGAGGAGGGACAUGUCUCAAACUACAAUGAGACAGAGCAGGUUGUGAUUUUGAACGACUCGGCAGGUGGACUUUCUGGGUUCGCUGGAGGCCAAUCAAUGACUAACGGUAAAUCCGGACAAGACCUCCAGGUCUACUCCUUCGUGCAAACCAGAGGAAGCGUGCCUGUAUUCUGGGCCGAGGUCAAUGAUUUAAAAUACACACCAAAGCUUCAGGUUCGUGGAGUGGAGACUGCUGUUGAAGCUGCUCGCAAGCAUUUUGCCGAACAGAUUCGCAUUUACGGAGAGAACUACAUGGUCAAUCUCGUCAACCAGAAAGGCAGGGAGGAGCGUGUCAAACGGGCAUAUGAACAGCUGGUUCGCACACUAGUUACCACCACUUCCGAAAGAACCACGGCUGAUCAAAGAACCCCCGAGAAGAUUCAUACAUUAGAACCAGGUUCCAAGCAGAAAGAGAUGGACCGCUUACACUACGUGUACUUUGAUUUCCAUAACGAGACCAAGGGACUCAAGUGGCAUCGUGCAGAGCUGCUGAUGGGCCAUUUGAAUGAUGGGCUGGCCCAGGGCGGUUACUUCCGUGGGGUAGAAAGCCCUGGUGCGCCUGGCGGACAGCUGGACACUCGUUCUACGCAAACAAGCGUUGUCCGAACAAAUUGUAUGGAUUGUCUCGACCGCACCAACGUUGUGCAGAGCAUGCUCGGACGCUGGGCGGUCACUCGCCAACUCAUUGACGCAGGUGUUCUCCGUACAGGAGAAACUGCAAACGAUGACCGAGAGUUCGAGGACUUGUUCCGGAACAUCUGGGCAGACAACGCUGAUGUGGUCUCCAAAUCUUAUUCUGGAACUGGUGCUCUGAAGACCGAUUUCACGCGAACAGGCAAGCGUACUCGCGCUGGCAUGUUGCAAGAUUUGAACAACUCGAUCACCCGAUAUGUCCGCAACAACUUCAUGGAUGGCCCUCGACAAGAUGGCUUCGACGUGUUUUUGGGCACCUACCUUCCCUCAGACUCGACCUUUGCCAAUAUCCAGCUGUUCAUUGACCAGCGACCUCUUGUCAUCCAGGCUAUUCCAUACAUUUUCGCUGCUAGUGUGUUCAUGGUUCUAGUUGCUCUUUUCACUAGACGAAUGCCUGAUGCCGCUGCCUGGCCUCUUCGCCUGUUUAUGCUGUUCUGGUUCAUUGUUGCGGCCUACUGCUUCCGCUUCGUUCAUGGACACGGCAUGCUCUACGUCAAUUGGCCAAAGCUCAACACGCCGAUUGCCGGUGCCGAAGGUUACCAGGAUGCCCUCAUCAAAGCGAAGUCUGACCCCCUUGUUGGCCAAUGGCUCCCCGCCAGACGCCACCAACGCGGUAUCAGCAAUGCCCGUCUUGUCUUCCUAGAGGAGGGCAAGACCAGGAUUGAGUGA